AUGAAGGCCGACCAACUCCCUGCCCUCCGUGCUGCGAGAGCCCAGGGCAAGAUCGCAUACUUCGUCAACACGAAACUCGUUAUCAAAGAAAAGACGAACCACCAACGACCGGGGUCAGAGAAUGCCGCACAACCCAACCACCCUUCCACCACGGAGAAGCAGCGCCAGCCAUCGCAGCAUCCACGACUCGCCGAGACAGACAGACGCAUCACCCGGCAAACGCCAGAAGGUUUUACGCCCGGGGCCCCCCCUGGCCAGAAGGCUCCCCCCCUGGACCCCGUGGAAAUAUCUACGCCUAGCCGAAGGCAAACGCCCCCUGGACCCCCUGUGGAAAUAUUUCGCCUAGCCAGAAGGCUCGCCCCCGGACCCCCCUGUGGAAAUUUUUUACGCCUAGCCAAAGGCUACCCCCCCUGUGAAAAUAUUUCGCUAGCCAGAAGGGUUUCGCCCCCUUUUGGUUCCCCCCCGGGCCCCCCCCUUGGAAAUAUUUCACCUACCCAGAAGGCUCGCCCCCUGGACCCCGUGGCAAUUUUAGCCUACCAGAACCCCACGCCCCCGGGCCCCCCGGGCCAGAAGGCUAACACCCCUGGACCCCCUGUGGUAAUAUAUACGCCUAGCCAGAAGGCUACUCCCCCUGGACCCCCUGUGGUAACAUUUACGCCUAGCCAGAGGGCUACGCCCCCUGGACCCCUGUGCACUGGAAAUAAAACAUUCUUCACCGACGUUUCUCGACGUAAUGGCAUGGCCGGCCUGUCGUCAAAUCUCCCGGUGGCAAACGCGCAGGCGCACAAGGAUAUUGCAUAA